AUGGCCACAAACGAAGAGUUCAUCAGAACCCAAAUAUUUGGAACUGUCUUUGAAAUAACUAACAGAUAUGCAGAUUUAAACCCAGUUGGGAUGGGUGCCUUCGGAUUAGUCUGUUCUGCCACGGAUAAUUUAACAAAUCAACCAGUAGCCAUUAAGAAAAUCAUGAAACCCUUUUCUACAGCAGUAUUGGCAAAGAGAACAUAUAGAGAAUUGAAAUUAUUGAAACAUUUAACUCAUGAAAAUUUAAUAUGUUUACAAGAUAUCUUCCUUUCUCCAUUAGAAGACAUUUAUUUCGUCACUGAAUUACAAGGUACUGAUUUACAUCGUCUUUUACAAACAAGACCACUGGAAAAACAAUUCGUUCAAUAUUUCUUGUAUCAAAUACUAAGAGGUUUGAAAUAUGUUCAUUCAGCAGGUGUAAUUCAUAGAGAUUUAAAACCAAGUAAUAUUCUUAUUAACGAAAACUGUGAUUUGAAAAUUUGCGAUUUUGGAUUAGCAAGAAUUCAAGAUCCACAAAUGACAGGAUACGUCUCGACAAGAUAUUAUAGGGCCCCUGAAAUUAUGUUAACAUGGCAAAAAUACGAUGUGGAAGUAGAUAUUUGGUCAGCUGGGUGUAUAUUCGCAGAAAUGAUAGAGGGGAAACCUUUAUUCCCCGGUAAGGAUCAUGUUCAUCAAUUCUCUAUAAUCACGGAUUUGUUAGGAUCUCCUCCAGCAGAUGUCAUUAAUACUAUUGGUUCGGAAAAUACUUUAAAAUUCGUUACUUCAUUACCUCAUAGAGAUCCAAUUCCAUUCUCACAAAGAUUUAAGACUGUAGAACCUGAUGCAGUGGAUUUAUUAGAAAAGAUGUUAGUUUUUGAACCCAAAAAAAGAGUUACCGCAGCACAAGCAUUGACACAUCCAUACCUAGCUCCAUAUCAUGAUCCAAAUGAUGAACCUGUAGCUGACGCUAAAUUCGAUUGGCAUUUCAAUGAUGCGGAUUUACCAGUAGAUACAUGGAGAGUGAUGAUGUAUUCAGAAAUAUUAGAUUUCCAUAAGAUUGGUGGUACAGAUGGUCAAAUAGAUACAACAGCUACGUUUGAUGACCAAGUGGCUGCCGCAACAGCUGCCGCCGCUCAAGCUCAAGCUCAAGCUAUGGCACAAGCACAAGCACAAGCACAAGCAGAAACACAAAGUAAAUCUCCUGAUCAAUUAAACAAUAAUAACAUUAGCUCGACUGUUUCUCCGUCACAAAUAUCAUCAACAGAGCAUCAAAAUAAUAACAAUAAUAGUAAUAAUACCGAAAAUAAUGAUGCCAUUUCAAGGUAUGGUGAUCAAGCAGUACAUUAUGCCAAUGAAUUUCAAUAA